AUGAAGUUAGAAUUCGUUUCCAUUGUGGCAACGUUUGCUCUUUUUCGAUCGGUCUUCGGGGUAAAAAGAGAAUUAUUCAAGACUUGUGAACAAAACGGGUUUUGUCAUAGAAAUAGACAUUUGGCCAACGCAAUUUCCAACAAACAUGGUAGUUACUCCAGCCCAUAUAGCGUUGAUGAGACUUCGAUCCGAAUUCUGGAAGAAGUCUCGGCCAUUGAAGGUAGUAUUAUGAAAAAGUUGCCAAAUGGUAAAGCGGUGGAAUUGCCAUUCACCAUAGAGGUAUUGAAAAGUGAUAAUAUCAGAUUGACAAUCGAUGAAAAGGAAAGAUCUGAUCCAAAGCUGUUACGUGUCGCGGACAAAAGAUUCAAGUCUAGAAGAUUCAAUGAGGCUUCGAAGUAUGCUUUGAAAGGAGAACCAGAAAUCUCCGUCAAUGCCAAACUCACAAAAGAAUCCAUUACUGACAAGUCCACCGGGGAAAAAUACUUGUCCAUUAUUUAUGGUGACGAAUCAGAAUAUGAAGCCCAAAUUACAUUGAGUCCUUUCAAAAUAACAGUUUAUUACCACGGUCAACCAGAAAUUAUCUUGAAUGACAGAAACUUUUUUAAUAUAGAACAUUGGAGAACCCAAGACCAACAAGCCUCAGAAUUGUCACCAGAAGAAACCGAUUAUGGUACUUUCAAGGACGAAUUCAAGGAUUCACAAGGGGACCAUUUGCCAUUUGGCCCAGAAUCUAUCGGUGUUGAUGUGUCAUUCAUUGGUUAUGAUAAAGUGUUUGGGAUUCCUGAACACGCCGAUACCUUUUCAUUGAAGGAUACCACCAACGAUGAUCCAUACAGAUUAUUCAACGUUGACAUCUUUGAAUAUGAAACCCAAAGUAAGUUCCCAAUGUAUGGUUCUAUUCCCUUCAUGGUUGCCCAAAAGAAAUCCGCUACCGCAGGGCUCUUUUGGAUCAAUGCUGCUGACACUUAUGUCGAUAUUAAGAAGGGUUCUCCUGCUCAAUCUAAUCCUGACCAAAUUGUAUUGACAUCGGAAAAGUCAACAAAGACUCACUGGUUCUCUGAAGCCGGUAUUCUUGAUUUGAUUAUCAUGGUGGAUAAGAGCCCUCUUGCUAUCAACAAAAAAUACGGUGAGUUAUCUGGGAAUCCAGAAUUACCACAAUUAUUUACUUUGGGUUACCAUCAAUGUAGAUGGAACUACAAUGAUGUCGAUGAUGUUUUGGACGUUUCAGAAAAAUUUGAUAAUUUUGAAAUUCCAUACGAUGUCAUUUGGUUGGACAUUGAAUACACCGAAAAUAAGAAAUAUUUCACUUGGAAAAAAGGGUUGUUUGAUGAUCAUGUGGAAAUGAACAAGAAAUUGGCGGAAACUGGCAGAAACUUGGUGGCUAUUAUUGACCCACAUAUCAAAACAGACUAUCAAGUUUCCAAUGAUAUUGAAAAACAAGGCCUCGGGAUCAAAAAUUCUGAUAAUGAUGAUACUUAUCAUGGCCAUUGUUGGCCAGGUGAAUCCGUUUGGAUUGAUACUUUUAAUCCAAAAUCUAAAGCUUACUGGAAUAAGUUGUUUGCCAACAACACCGAUUUCUCUGGUGAUGAGACCAAUUUACAUAUCUGGAAUGAUAUGAGUGAACCAUCAGUGUUCUCUGGUCCAGAAACCACUGCACCAAAGGACAUCGUUCACUACGGUGGCUGGGAACAUAGAUCGGUCCAUAAUGCUUAUGGUUUGACUUUCCAUGAAGCAACUUAUGAUGCUAUGUCCAAGAGAUAUGUCAAUAAGAGACCGUUUAUUUUGACCAGAGCCUAUUAUGCCGGUUCUCAAAGAUCGGCCGCUAUGUGGAGUGGGGAUAACAAAUCCAAAUGGGAAUUUCUUAAGAUUUCCUUACCAAUGGCUUUAACUUCGCAAGUUGUUGGUAUGCCAUUUACUGGUUCAGAUGUCGGUGGAUUUUUUGGUGAUCCAAGCUCAGAAUUAUUGACUAGAUGGUACCAAGCUGGUAUUUGGUAUCCAUUUUUCAGAGGCCACGCCCAUAUUGAUUCCAAAAGACGUGAACCUUAUAUUGCCGGGGAACCAUACACUUCAAUCAUGAGAGAUGCUAUUAGAUUACGUUACUCUUUGCUUCCUGUUUUCUACACUGGAUUCCAUCAUGCAUCAAUCACUAAUGCUCCAAUUAUCACCCCAUUGUUUUACUCCAAUCCAGAAAAUGAAGAUUGUUAUGAAAUUGAAGACGAAUUUUUCGUGGCUGACAGUGGCCUUUUGGUCAAGCCAGUAACUCAAGAAGGAGCAACCUCAGUAAGCAUCUAUAUUCCUGAUGAAAAACCAUACUUUGAUUAUCAUACUCAUGAACUUAUUCAAGGUAAAGGUUCACACGAUCUCCAAGCUGAGUUAGAGCAAAUCCCAAUUUUGAUGCAAGGUGGUCAUAUUUUCUCUAGAAAAGAUAGAUAUAGAAGAUCUUCUAAAUUGAUGAAGUAUGAUCCAUACACUUUAGUGGUUGCUUUAGAUGAAGAAGGCUCUGCAAAAGGAUCUUUGUACAUUGAUGAUGGUGAAACUUUUGACUACAAAAAGGAUGAUGAUUUCGUUUAUGUUGAUUUUGCCAUUAAGGAUAACAAGCUUCAAUCCUCGGUCAAUGUCGGUAAACAAACACCAUUCACUGAAUUGCUUGAUAAAGUCAAGGUUGAGAAAAUCAUUAUUGUUGGUAAAGAUAUAAGCUUUAGUUCUUCUGCCAAGGUUAGCCAAAAUGGCGAAAACUGGGAAGCGGAAACUAUUGGUAUCAACAAUAAUGCUUUUAUUAUCAGAAACCCAGCAGUUGCCAUCAAUAAGUCUUGGACUAUUGAGUUAAAUUGA